ACACAAGCCUGGCCUCGGAGGCCUGAAGGGGCCCUCUUGAUGCCGCAGCCUCGGCCGCCGCCUGGCGACGAGUCAGCAGCGCAGCGCCGGCGCGCCCGGCGAUGCCAACGGCUUGCUCGGCAGGCGGGCGGCGCGGCUGCGCUCCUCUCUGCUCCGCACCGCACCCCACUCUGACUCGCCCCCACGCCCGCGGGCGCUGUAGAGCAUCGUCAUGUCCAGCAGCAGUCCUCGCCUGCGUCCUCCCAUUCACACUCUCCAAGUCUGGCUCGACGUGCACGACGCCGCGCGCGAUGCGCUGCGCUCCACUGGCUCGCUCCCGCUGCUUCGCGGACGCCAGCUGCCCUUUGCGGCCCUCAAGACCGAGUAUCUCUAUCUGCGCGACGCCGCCGUCGAGAACAGCGGCGCAUGGCGCACCUACAGCGAGGGCGCCGAGCUCGAUGCGGCGCAGACUGCGUCGCAUGCCGCACUGCAGGAGCUCCAUCUGCAGAGCCGCCGCUCCGGCUUCGCCGCAAGCGAGACGGCAGAGGCGUCGCUCGAGCUCUACCGCAACAAGCUCAACGCGCCAGUUGCCGCCAGCACCACCGUGGCAGAGAUGGCACUCGUGCCGCUGGCCUUCUUCUGCGGCAUCGACGUGCGCUACGAAGGCGACCGGCACGGCGCUGGGCCCUCUCAGCCUCGCCUGGGCCCUGCCGCACCCACGUCCGCCGCGCGGCCAUUGCUCUUCGGCAGCGGCAGCGCCGACGCUGCGGGCCUGCUCGACGGCGCUCGCUUCUGCGUGGGCUUCGGCGAGGAGGAGCACGUGCAAGGCCACGUGCUGGGAGAGAAUGAGGUCAAUGCAGAGGCAGAUGCUGCGCUGCUGCGCUGCUCGCUCUCCGACAUUGCGCGCCAGAGCGAGACGGCGGACGCGAGCGGCAAGAGGCGCAGCGCCUCGCACUGGACGCUCCGGCUGACUCUGGCAGAGCUGUCGAAGCUUCAGGUCGCGUGGGAGCGUGCAGCCGAGCACGUGGUGGCCGCCGAUGAGAGACAGCAUUCGGAGGACACCGGCGGCUUUGCCCUUGCCUCUCUGCGCGCCAAGCUGCCCCGCCUGCGUGGCUUCGACCAGCCCAACUCGAAGCUGCGUAGCGUUCUCCCCGGCUUCACCCGUGAUGCAGACUGCUGGGGAGCGAAUGCGUGUCCCUUCACGGGCGCUCAUGUGCGACGGUGCGAGGCGACGCACAUCGUCGCGCGUCCGGUCGGCACCCUCAUCGCCGGCGCGCACAGCGCACUGGCGCGGCCGUACCGUGCUCGAGCAGCUGUCGACCUUCGACGGCUCGGCCUGCUCGACAGGCGUCUCUUCGAGUGUGCACCGAUGGCGGACUGGCCUCCUGAAAGCACAGGUUCGCCUGACAAUGGCUUCUGGCUCUCGGCAGAUCUUUACGCUCUGUACAAGUCGCACGCGGUCGUCAUCACUCCCUCGGCACGUCUUUUGCACAUCACGAUGCCCGGAGCAGACAACGUCUUCCCCACCGUUCAACUUCACGGGCACACACGCAGCGCCCGCGAGCGCGACAUAGGCUGGGAGCGCGCGUUCGCAGACGACCUGGGUGCCGUCAAGAUGCGCAAUGUGCAUCUCGCCUACUACGCCACGCUCCUCUCCGUCUUUGCCGGCGAGCCUCUGCGCAGGUUGAUCGAGGACUCGCUGCAGCAGCACUUGCCACCGACGCCGGCUUCGAAGCCGUCGACUGCGGACGACAGGAGCAACAAGCGCCCGCGCAAUGAGCCGCGCGAGGAGAUGGCACAUGCUCGUCGCGUGCGCUUUCAGCAGCAAGACGCCGACGACGAGGGGCACAGGUCGCAGCAGGCGGACGACUCUUACUCCGACGACGACUUGGACGUCUCCUCGUCGCAGACCUCGAUGCUGGACAUCACGCAGCUGAACUACUGCGGCUUCCUGCAUGAGAGCGGCGCGAAGCAGGCCGAGAUGGCGGAGGCGCUGGACAUGAGCGCCAACGAGCUGGCGCGCGUACUGUGGCAACUGCAAGAGGAGCAGGUGCAGGUGCAGAAUGAGGGCGUGUAUCGCGCUUGCAUGGCCGUCUUGGCGGGACAUCUCUUGGACUUGAAGCUGAGCCGCGAGCAUGGCUGAGAUCUGCGCCCGGAUGCGGGAGCCGCGCCACGAG